AUGUCGUACGUCUUCCUCGCCAACCUCACCGGCUGUCCCGCCGUUACCGUGCCCGUGGGCUACGCCGCGCCCGCCGAGGGCGAGGGUGAGGGCGGCAGGCUGCCCGUCGGACUCAUGGCGCUCGGUGAGUGGGGUGCCGAGGAGCAGCUGCUCGCGUGGGCGGGCGAGAGCGAGCGAUACCUCAGCGACAAGGUCGAGGGCGGCAGGGUGCGGCCCGAGGCGUGGGUGGACGUGCUGAAGCUGGCCAAGGAGGCCAAGGCCAAGGGGAAACAGACCUGCCCUGCCAGUCUCUUAAACUUGAUCUCACGUUUUUGA